ACCCUAUAAAAUCUCUAUAAUUAAUCAUUUAAGAGCACAAAAAUAUGGAAGGAGCUAAGCAAAGCCAUUUCAUCCUAGUCCAUGGAGUAUGUCAUGGAGCUUGGAGCUGGUACAAGCUCAAGCCACUGCUCGAGUCAGUGGGUCACCGUGCUCGACCUGGCUGCCUUAGGCAUCAACCAAAAGGACAUCAAGGAUCCAUACCAUGCAUCAGUAUACCGAGCCCCGAGCCCCUGUUGGAAAUUUUGGCUGCCCUGCCCUCGGGUCAGAGGGUCAUUCUUGCAGGGCAUAGCCUUGGAGGUUUAAAUUUGGCCCUGGCCAUGGACAAGUUCCCGAAGAAGAUCUCGGUUGGUGUUUUCAUAGCAGAUUUCAUGCCGGAUACCACUCACCGGCCAUCGUAUGUCUUGGAUCAGGAUUUGGAGUUGGCUGAGACUAUGAUCAGGCUAGGUCUAGGAUCGUUAUUCAUUCAAGAUCUGGCAAAGGCGAAUGAGUUUUCUAACGAGGGGUACGGAUCAGCCAGACGAACCUAUGUUGUAUGCAAUGAGGGCGAUACCAGAAGAGUUCCAACGUUGGAUGAUAGAAAAUUCUCCGGUGAACGAUAUGAUGGAGAUUAAGGAUGUAGAUCAUACAGCGAUGCUUUCAAAGCCAAGUGAACUUUGUCAGUGUCUCUUAGAGAUAGGACGCAAAUAUAAUUAUUAUUUUUCA